AUCGCCUGCUCGUCGUCGUCGUCGAUGCCGCCAGAGGUGAGCAAGGGCAGCACGCGGCGCGCGCACCGCAAGGACGCGCUCGACGGGCACCAGGUGCGCGAGAUCGAGCUGCGGCGGAGCAGGGGCGAAAUCUCGUGUGCCGAGUGUCGGAGGCUCAAGAUCAAGUGUGACAAGACCGUGCCGUGCAAGUCCUGUCGGAGACGGGGCUGCGAGUCGCUCUGCCCGAACGAUAGCCUCACCACUGGCCAAGGCACCCGAUCCGUGCUAGCCGCCACCGAACACCUCUACGACCAGAUAGGUGCACUCACAAAGCGCGUGCGGCAGCUCGAGGAUGCCCUUGCCACCGUCCAGGCGCAGCUCUCGCCCGAGCCUCACCCGCUGUUGCGGGGAGACACUACCGACGCCUCUCGCUCGACGUCGGAAAGUCUGCCCGCGAGCAUCGAGGACGACGCGGAGACGCCGCUGCCCGACCAGUCCGGGUAUGACUACUUUGGAACUCUGACAGUGUCCGAGAACGGCGUCUCGCGAUUCUUUGGACCCACCGGUGGCCUAGAGACGCUACUACGGGGCGACGAGUCUCCGGUCCCGACGGGCUCGAGCGCGGACACGAGCGAAUUCGAGCUCGAGCUCGACACCCCCUCCCUCCCCACCGCCAUCACCGACUUUGCCCGCUCCUUCCCCUUCCACCUCGGCGGCCCGCUCUCCUCCGUGCAGAAGCUCGUCGAGGCGCAGCUCCCGCCGUACGACCGCGCGCUCGCGCUCUGCACCGCAUUCAGCGAGCGCGCGACGUGGGUGUACCGCUGCCUCUCCAAAUCUCAGCUCCUCGACGACCUCCUGCCCUCCAUCUACGCCCUCGCCCCGCCUAGCGCCGACGACAACGACGGCGACACGGGCCCGCACGCCCUCGCGCUGCUCUUCACCGUCCUCGCGAUCGGCGCGCUCAUGGAGUCCCCGCUUGGGCGCGCCCCCGCCGAACGCUUCUUCCAGGUCGCGCGCUGCGCCAUCUGCCUGCGCUCCGCGCUCGACAACCCGGGCAUCGCGACGGUGCAGGCCCUCGACCUCAUGAGCGCGUACAACUCGAUGCGCGGCGACGACGUCGUCGACCGCGCGUCGCGCAUGGAGACGACCUGGAGCCUCGUCACGCUCGCCGCGCAUCUAUCUCAUACGUUGGGUCUUCAUCGCGAGAGCGCGCGCUGGGGCCUGCCGCAGAAGAUCGUCGAGCGCAGGCGCCGCGCGUUCUGGGACAUCUUUACCUUUGACGCGUGGCAGAGCCUAGCCACCGGCCGCCCCACGGCGUGCACCAUCUCUACCGUGGACUGCCUGCUCCCCGAAUCCGACGACCCCGCCAUCACAGCAGGGGAGAAGUGGAUGUUCCAGUUCUCCGCGUGCUGCGUCGCCGCGGUCGCCGCGCAGGCGGCGAUCCCCGCGGCGCCGCCGUACACGCGCAUCCUCGAGCUCGAGGGCAAGAUCACGGGCUUCCCGGCGCCGCCCGCGUACGAGCCCGCGCCGCACGCGCCCGCGGCCGACCUCAAGCGCGCGAUGCUCGCCUUUGUGCUCGCGCACUCCCGCGAAACCAUCCUGCUGUACCUGCACCGCAGCUACUUCAUCCAGGCGAUCAUGGACCACCCGGCGAACCCGCUGCGGAGCGAGUACGCGCCCAGCUUUUUGACGGCGUACAAGUCCGCGUCGACGAUCCUCAAGGUCACGCGCGAGCACUUUGCGAAGAACCCGGACGUGACCGCGCCCGUGUGGUACGUGUGGUCGUUUGCGUUCUCUGCUGCUAUCCUGUUCGGGGCGGUGGUGACCAAGGGCCCGCGGUCGGCGCUCGCGCCGUCGGCGAUGGAGGAGCUCGAGCAGGCGUUCGUGCUGUUCACAAAGGCGGCGCCGCUCAACCGACGAGCGGCAGAAGCCCUGCCCAUCAUCAUCCGCCUCAAGAAGAAAGCGCGCGACGCGCUCAGCGCAGCCGACAGCCGCCUCAACGGGGCGCCCGGGAAUCAUGCACCCGCAGACAGCCCGGAGGAAGACGAGCUCUCGAUAUUCGCGGGCAAGGCCAAGCUCGUCUCGCGCCGGCGCUCGGGCUCGCUCGCGGGAGAGAAAACGGACCGCGCGUCGAAGAGCGCCACGCCCGCCCCGGUCGCGUCCAGCUCUACAAGUACCAGCCCCGCAGCCGGGUUCGCGCCGCAGCCGCAGCAACGCGAGGAGACGGCGCCUGCGGGCCCGGAUUGGUCGUAUAACUACUACGACGCGUACGAUGGGCACUAUGUGCCGCCCCCGCAGCCCCCGGGGUUCGCCCAGGACGCGUUGCGCCAGCAUCCCCAGGCGAGCGGAUACGCGUGGCCGGCCCCGAAUGCGUACCCGCAGUUUGGGCAGGAGCACAUGAACGUGGAUACUAUGCACUUCCAGCAGCCGCAGGUGUAUCAGCAACAUCCUUCGUACCAGGCGUCGAUGGACGUGUAUACCCAACCGUUCGGGCACCCGCCAGAUUUCCCACCAGGGAUGGAACAUAUCGUUGGCACAAGUGGUGAUACGAGGAUGGAUCAGCGGUGGACGAGCUUUGUGCGGGACUCGGGGUUGGGCGACGAUGCCAGUUUUAUCUGAGAUAUGAUCUUACUUCUGUUUCUGCAAGCUCUAUGGCUGGGUAUUCACUAUAGCAUGUAUAAUUGUGCGAUCGUGUUUGCAGAGAUGUACGGAUUUAUGACACAUGACCUACGGGGGCCUGGCCGUCGACCAAAAUCGAACUCGAAAUUGGCGAUGAAUCAGCAUCAUCCUUCG